CACCGAGCAGUUUGAACGAUGGGCGCCAUCAUCUCCAGCAUCUUCUCAAGGUUCUCCUCUCACACACCUGUCCGCAUUCUGAUGGUGGGUCUGGAUGCAGCAGGUAAAACCACUCUGCUGUACAGACUGAAGCUGGCCGAGGUCGUCACCACCAUCCCAACGAUCGGUUUUAACGUGGAGACAGUGGACUAUAGGAACAUCAGUUUCACGGUUUGGGACGUUGGUGGUCAGACGAUCAUCAGACCUCUGUGGAGACAUUACUUUACUAACACACAGGGUCUGAUCUUUGUUGUGGACAGCAACGAUCCCGAGAGAAUUAAAGAAGCUGCUGACGAGCUGCACAGGAUGUUGGAGGAGGACGAGCUGAGGGGCGUGGCUGUGCUGGUGUUCGCUAACAAACAGGAUCUGCCCCGAGCCAUGUCCGUCAGUGACAUCACCGAGGCUCUGGGCCUAUCAGGAGCCUCACAGCCGUGGUUUGUCCAGGCGUCCUGUGCCGUCAGUGGUUCAGGUCUGUUCGAGGGUCUGGACUGGCUCUCCAACCAGAUCCUGAAACGGUAGACGGGGGAUGUGGAGCUCCGGUGUUCUGGUGAGGCCUGAGCCGAGUCAGUGAGUCCAGGAGGAACAUGAAGGAUCCCUCCUAGAGCUUUGACUCAUUUAAAACACCUCAAUCUCAAACUUUAGAUAACAUAUUAUUGCUGCACUCAUGGCUCUUAUUGCACUAUACCUUGAUUGUUUCCCUUUUUUUCUGUAAGUCGCUUUGGAUAAAAGCAUCUGCUAAAUGACUAAAUGUAAAUAAGAUAAGAUAAGAUAGACCUUUAUUAGUUGGGAAAAUGCACUGUUACAGCAGCAGGUGAACAGCAGAAAGAGGGAUUGUAGGAAAAAAAAGCAAUUAAAAUCCUAAAUUUGACCUCAAAUUUACAAGAAAAAUAACACAAAUUUACGAGAGAAAACCCCCAACAAAUUACUUUUUUCUCCCAAAUCUGUCAGUUUUUUUUCUCGUAACAUUUUUCACCCUCCCUUCCCCAGCUACUUUAAAAAAAAAAUUGUUUUACCAACAAUGGCUCAAAUACACCAUUGUAGUAUAAACAAGGUUAGUGUAAAAAAAAAAAAAAACAUUAAUAAAAAACAAAUACACGGCCACUCAUAAAGAUGGAAUAAUAUAUUUUUUAACCUCUUUUCAUGAAAUUAAAUGAUUGUGACAAUGUGAUUUAUUGUUGACAGAUAGUGUAGAUCUUCUCAAAACUCUCCCAAACAUAUCACAAUGAAAACCACAAUUGAGGAUUGCGCUGAAAACAACUUUAUGGGCGUCCGUGUACAGAAGUAUCUGAGGAUUUUAGGAACUUUUGUCUGAAACAAUCAAGAGGAUUAUUUUUCUGAAAAACAAGUUUAACUGCACUGAUUUUGUGUUUUCACCUCUUAGAGAACUAUUUUACAGCAGAUAAUAAUACUAAAGUUAACUGUAAGUGGUGAGUUUACACCUGGAAUCAAAGUUUAUUUCUUAUUUUACAAGCAACUAUAUAUUUCCAGUAAUUAUUUAUCAGAAUUGACACGUAAAGUGGCUCCAUGAAUGUUGCUGGUUUUCUACCUGAAGUCAUUAUAUUGUUUCUUUGUUGUUAUUUAUGUAAUCAGUUCAGGGAGUUCUGUAACUGUGUGGCCUAUUCUAUCUUUCACAUGUAUAAUAUAAUGAAUCUUAAUGAAAAUGAAUACUUUUUAUAUUUUCGAAUAUUUUUUUUCAUAUUUAUUCUGUAAUAAAAAAGUUACAG